CUGGAGGUGAAGAGGCUGGGACUCGCGAGGCGAGCGGCAAGGUUCCAGCCUGCUGUCCAUUGCCUGCCCGCCGGCUGCGAUCCGCCUCCGCUACUGGGUGCGAUCCCACCGAUAAGCUGGUACCCAGGGAGCCUCCGGGCCCCGCGGUUCCGCGCUCUCGGGUAGAGGAGGGGUGCCCGGGACAGGAUUGACAAACCCCGCCCUCCACUUAUUAUUUUCCUUAUUUUUCUUUGUGCACUCUUGUUAGUUUGUUAAAGCAGAUCUUGUUCUAGAGUCUUUUCUCCUCCCUCCUCCUCUCCCCCACCCUUCCCCCAAUCCUUUUUCUUUCCCUCCUCCCUUCGAUCCCUCUGCAGGAGACUCUCAGAACGACGGAAAGUUGCAGCUCCCGGUAGCGCCCAGGGGGUCUCCGGGCAGUAUCCUACCGCCGCCAUCCUUGUCCGAUUACGGCACUUCGGAGAUCUCCUUCAACUGCACUCUUGCUCACUUCAGCCGGAUCGCCUGUGUCCAGAACGCCCCACCUAUGACGAUGCUCCUGGACGGAGGCCCGCAGUUCCCUGGACUGGGAGUGGGCAGCUUCGGCGCUCCGCGCCACCAUGAGAUGCCCAACCGCGAACCGGCGGGCAUGGGACUGAAUCCUUUCGGGGACUCGACCCACGCUGCUGCCGCCGCCGCUGCAGCUGCUGCCUUCAAGCUGAGCCCAGCCGCGGCGCACGAUCUGUCUUCUGGUCAGAGUUCGGCUUUCACACCGCAGGGUUCGGGUUAUGCUAAUGCUCUGAGUCACCAUCAUCACCACCAUCACCAUCAUCACGCCAGCCAGGUGCCGACUUACGGUGGCGCAGCCUCGGCCGCCUUCAACUCCACGCGCGACUUUCUGUUCCGCCAGCGCGGCUCUGGGCUCAGCGAGGCGGCCUCGGGGGGCGGGCAGCAUGGGCUUUUCGCCGGCUCGGCGAGCAGUCUACACGCUCCAGCUGGUAUUCCUGAGCCCCCUGGCUACUUGCUUUUUCCCGGGCUUCACGAGCAGGGCGCUGGGCACCCGUCUCCCACAGGGCACGUGGACAACAACCAGGUCCACCUAGGGCUGCGCGGGGAGUUGUUCGGUCGUGCUGACCCGUAUCGCCCAGUGGCCAGCCCGCGCACGGACCCCUACGCAGCGAGCGCACAGUUCCCCAACUACAGCCCCAUGAACAUGAACAUGGGCGUGAACGUGGCGGCCCACCACGGGCCGGGCGCUUUUUUCCGUUACAUGCGGCAGCCCAUCAAGCAGGAGUUGUCCUGUAAGUGGAUCGACGAGGCUCAGCUGAGCCGGCCCAAGAAAAGCUGCGACCGGACCUUCAGCACCAUGCACGAGCUGGUGACGCAUGUCACUAUGGAGCAUGUGGGGGGCCCAGAGCAGAACAAUCACGUCUGCUAUUGGGAGGAGUGUCCCCGCGAGGGCAAGUCCUUCAAGGCGAAGUACAAACUGGUCAACCAUAUCCGAGUGCACACGGGCGAGAAGCCCUUCCCAUGCCCCUUUCCAGGCUGCGGGAAGAUUUUUGCCCGUUCCGAGAACCUCAAGAUCCACAAGAGAACCCAUACAGGUGAGAAACCUUUCAAAUGUGAAUUUGAAGGCUGUGACAGACGGUUUGCCAACAGCAGCGACCGCAAGAAGCACAUGCAUGUGCACACCUCGGAUAAGCCCUAUAUCUGCAAAGUGUGCGACAAGUCCUACACGCACCCGAGCUCUCUGCGCAAACACAUGAAGGUUCAUGAAUCUCAAGGGUCAGAUUCCUCCCCUGCUGCCAGUUCAGGCUAUGAAUCUUCCACUCCACCCGCUAUAGCUUCUGCAAACAGUAAAGAUACCACUAAAACCCCUUCUGCAGUUCAAACUAGCACCAGCCACAACCCUGGACUUCCUCCCAAUUUUAACGAAUGGUACGUCUGAGGACAACCAAAAUGCAUUUUAAAAAGAAAACUGAGACCAAUCAGAUGGAAAUGGAGUUUUAAAGCAAGAGGCCAUAUAUAGGGCUACAUCUUGUUGGUUACAAUUGUCCAGGAAGGUUUUGGGCAAGAUCCAAAAGUAGCCAUGCCCUUUUCUCAGGAUUAGAAAAUGUUUUGGCAUCUGAAGGAUUUUUUUCCCCACAAAAUCUUCUCACUGCAUUUUCUGCCCCUUCCUCUUGCUGUCUGUACACCCCAUUCCGAAACUCCUUCAUUUUAACACUUGUCCUGUUUCUUGAGGAAGUUAUAGAAGGCUUGGUGGUGGUGAUGUUAAACUGUUGGAAAUUCUUCUUCGCCUUAGUGGUGAUUGUUUAAACUCUCACAGUCUUAAACCAUGCCAAAGUCCUGUUAUGUCUUGAACUUUUCUUCAAAGCAUUACACUUGUGAAUGUAUCUUUGUCUAAUGGGGUCGAAAUUGUUGUUCAGUAUUUUUUCAGGCUGAGGAUAUGAUGUUAAUCUACACAGAUUGUGACGUUUAGUAUACAGUUGCCUUUGUAAUAACUUUUUUUUGUAAAUACAUAUCCGUUGAUGCCAUAUUUAUCGUUUGUAAUUUAAUUAUUGCAAGUGCCGGGAACUGAACAAUAUUUAUGGAUAAAUGUUUUCUAACAAAUUCUGUACAGCUUUUGAUUAUAACUGCUUUAGCAUUAAACAAUUAUUGUUUUGAAAGAAGAACACAAUUUACAAUUUUUGAACCACUGACUCUUUUCUCUUGUUUUGUAACAGCCUCCUUCUACAAAGAGGAGACAUAAGCAAAUUGAAUCUUGUUUGUUGGUAUUUAUAACUCACUCAGAUCCCUUUUUUAAUUGUUAAAUUAUUUUUCUAUUGCAGUAUAGAUUCCUUACAGUGUCACUUUCCAUCUGGGAAGGACCCUCCUUUCUUUAUCUCUAGCUCAGAUGGUUGUUUUAUCUUCAAGUUUAAAUGUGUUUGUCCUGGAUUUUCAGCAUGCAAAUCAAAUAAUACUGAUCCAUUCAGUUAGUGGCCAUGACAUCUCAAUCUUAUACUUCAAAGACUGAGAAGCUGGAUUUAUUCAUCCCUGUCCUACAUAUAGAAACAUAAGGUAACCUAAUUAGUUUUAUGUCCCUUAGUUCUUUAUUACCGUAAACUUGAAAACUGCAGCAGGAUGCAUGUCUGUUCUAUUUAGAGAUCACCCAUCUACCUAUGUAUGUUUGUAUCUAUGACUUUAUCUAAUCUGCCUAUCAAAUCUACCUAGCUCUCUAUAUUUUCAAAAGAUACAUACAUCUGGAAACAGUGGCCAUACCAAGGCCAGUUGAACAGUUCUUACUUAUGGUUCAAAGUGUUUCUUAAAAGAACCAUAGUCCAUUUAAAUUUUGGAUGGCAAAGGCUGAUUUGUUUGCUGUAUAUAGCUCAAUUCAUAAUUAUUACAGUUAUUCAUAACAUACAUAUAGUGAUGUAAUAAUUGCAGCAGUUUCUAAAUGAUACUGUGGAAAGGAAUACAUUUGCAAAAUAUGUUAUUUUUAAAGUUCAUUAUUUGUAGGCAAAGAUGUUAAGAGCAUUGUUUCCAUUAAAAUCAAUAACAAUGAAAAACGGUUGUUUGCUUUGUGAUAAAAUGUUAACAAUCCAUUUAAUCUU